AAUUGUUAUUUUAAUAUUUUGUUCCAUCUGUUGACGAAAAGUGUCUAACUCUGAGCACAAGGAUGAUAGUGGAGAUGUUGUUGUAAAGGUUUUCACUACAGGGGCACAUGCUGUUUCAUGUGGCUGGCCUUUAUUAGAUUUGUUCACUUGCCUCCUACGCGAACGAAUAUAGACCCUCCUAAAAUAAACUUGUCCUCUUCAGAUUCAACCCAAUCUUCUAUACUAUAUACUCUUUUAGCUGCUUCCACUUAGAAUCACCUUUACCCAUUUGUAUCGAGAUUUACAUUUUCAAUCUCAUUAAGGCUUAAUAAAGGGUCAAUUUUGUAUGCCUUGGCCAAGACCAUUUUGCCACCUGUCAUUGUUUAAGGUCAUUCUACAUUCCAUCGCCUUGAUUGAUUGAAUCUGACCAAUAGAGUUUGCUGCAAUAUUCGUGAUUCUUGAUUUAGGGGGUCUGAGAUUUGGGUUUUAUUGAAUUCUCGGUUGUUGUUAUCAUUUCUUGAUUUGGCGGUGAAUUGGGGGGCGGGGGAAGGAUAAAGGUAUAAGAUGCGGCGGCGGGCUGCCGAUUAUCGGCGCCCGGUUAGAAGGAGGGUAUCAUGUUGGAUCUGGUCACUUCUUGCUUUAUUCUCAAUUGCAGGUUUCGUUUUGUUUGUAUUUCAUCAUCACCAUAAUGACCACCUGGAUCACGUUGAACAACCUAUUCUGGAAAGAGAGUCUAGGAAUGAGCAGGUUGUGCGUGAGCAGCGUAUGAAUCUCACACAAGAGAUGUUAAGUGUUAAUUCAUAUGCCAGACAAUUAGCAGAGCAAACGACACUAGCCAAAGCUUACAUCAUUAUAGCCAAAGAGCACAACAACCUUCAUCUUGCGUGGGAGCUAAGUACAAAGAUAAGAAGUUGUCAACUUUUACUCUCAAAGGCUGCAAUGAGAGAUGAGCCGAUUUCUCUAGAUGAAGCUGAGCCUAUCAUAAGAAGUCUAUCUUCUCUCAUCCUUAAGGCACAGGAUGCCCAUUAUGAUAUUGCUACCACUAUGAUGACAAUGAAAUCACACAUUCAAGCUCUUGAAGAGCGUGCCAAUGCUGCAUCUGUUCAAAGUAUGAUGUUCGGACAGUUAACAGCUGAGUCUCUGCCAAAGAACCUGCACUGCCUAGAAAUCAAGCUCAUGGCAGAUUGGCUUACAAAAAAGUCGCUGCAGGAUUUUGCUGAUGAGAGGAGAAACUCGCCUCGUUUAUUAGACAAUAACCUGUAUCACUUCUGCAUAUUUUCAGAUAAUCUAUUGGCAGUUUCAGUAGUUAUCAACUCAACCGUGGCCAAUGCUGAUCACCCUAAGCAGCUAGUUUUCCAUAUCGUAACGGAUUCAAUUCACUAUGGAGUGAUGCUGGCUUGGUUCCUGAACAAUGACUUUAAAGGUUCUACAGUAGAAGUACAGAAUAUUGAUAACUUCAUUUGGUUGAAUUCGUCUUAUUCUCCUGCUGUAAAACAGCUAAUGGCGACAGACUCCAGAAAGUAUUAUUUUGACGGAUCUCAAGAUACAGGUGUUGAGCCAAAGUUCCGGAAUCCAAAGUAUAUAUAUUUGUUGAAUCACCUUCGCUUUUACAUCCCUGAGAUUUACCCCCAGUUGGAGAAGAUUGUCUUCCUUGAUGAUGAUGUUGUAGUUCAGAAGGAUCUGACACCUCUCUUUUCACUGGAUUUGCAUGGAAAUGUGAAUGGAGCAGUGGAAACUUGUCUUGAAGCUUUUCAUCGUUAUUACAAGUAUCUCAAUUUUUCAAAUCCACUCAUCAGCUCUAAGUUUGAUCCCCAGGCGUGUGGAUGGGCAUUUGGUAUGAAUGUUUUCGAUUUGAUUGCCUGGAGGAAAGCAAAUGUUACUGCCCGAUAUCAUUAUUGGAUAGAACAAAAUGCUGAUAGGACGAUUUGGAAGCUAGGAACCCUUCCACCUGGACUAUUAGCUUUUUAUGGAAUGACGGAGCCACUUGAUCGUAGGUGGCAUGUGUUGGGAUUAGGUUAUGACGUGAAUGUUGACAACCGCCUGAUAGAGAGUGCAGCAGUGAUUCACUUCAAUGGAAAUAUGAAACCAUGGCUUAAGUUGCGCAUUAACAGGUAUAGGCCUUUGUGGGAACGAUAUGUAAAUCAGACUCACCCACACCUUCACGAUUGCGCUACACAUUGAAACACUAUACUUUUCAAGUACGACUACAUACUCGAUCCUCAUUCUUAAAGUUUUAGGAAUGUAUUUUACAUCAUUGUAGAGUUAGAAAUAGACAAUUUUGCCUUUGUAAGGAUUCUUCCCUAGUCUUCUUAUCAGUUUAGUAGUGUGAAAAGGAAAAUGAUAUUACACACUAGAGCAAGCUUGCAUUAAGAUAAAGGGUUUAGGGGAAUCGCUUUUGGUUGAGAGGUUUUCUCUGUCUCUACAAAUGAUAGAACAAAUUUUUCUAGCAAUUUUUGUAAUAAUUUUGUUCCUUUGAUCACAUCUAGGUAGAUUUUAUCUUCAUAUUUUUGUUGUUCUUCGUAUUUUUGUUGUUCUGUACGCAGAUCCAAUUAUUUUGGUCGCUGUAACAUAUAAAUACUGCAACAUAUGUAAGUGAUUUUAAUUAAUGAUAUGAUGCAUCAGGGCGACUAGACUA